AUGAAAACUGUUCGGUUAUAGCCUUGGCGGAGGUGUAGGCGGGCUGGUGAUGUUCGGUAUAUAAGGACGGCUUGACUCGACGUCAAAGCAUCAGUUCCUUCUCUGAAGCGUUCGACUCAUCUACUUCCAACAAUAUGAAUAAGUACAUCGUUUUAGCUGCUUUGGUUGCCGUAGCGAUGGCCAAGCCGCAAGGUUAUGGUGCAGCAGCCGGCCAACAGCAACAGGGUUACGGAGGCCAAGCUGGACAGCAACAGCAGAAGCCGGCAUACGGAGCUCAGUCCGGAGCGGCUCAACAGCAACAAGGUUACGGUGCUCAAGUAUCUGCUAGCGCUGGAGCUGGACAGAGUUAUGGUGCUCAAAAUGGAGCUGCCCAGCAGCAACAGGGCUAUGGCUCUCAGGUUUCAGCAGCCGCUGGAGCUGGACAAAACUACGGAGCUCAAUCUGGUGCUGCUCAACAGCAACAGGGUUAUGGUGGUCAAGCCUUUGCUAGCGCCGGAGCUGGACAAGGUUAUGGUGCUCAAAACGGAGGUGCCCAGCAGCAACAAGGUUACGGCGCAUCCAGCACUCAGCAGAAACCAACUAAUACUUACAACAGCAAUGGAAACAGACCGUCCGCAUCCGCUUCAUCCUACGAACAGGAGCAACCCCCCAUGCCAUACAAAUUCGCUUACGCCGUCAAGGAUGAGCCCACCCAGAACGACUACGCCCACGAGGCCGAGAGCGACGGCAAAGUUGUCACUGGAUCUUACCGAGUCCUCCUCCCCGACGGCCGCACUCAGAUCGUCACCUACCGCGCUGAUGAGAACGGCUACGUCGCUGAUGUCAAGUACGAAGGUGAAGCUCAAUUCCCCGCACCAUCCAACGGCAAUGGCAACUACGGCAAUGGCAAUGGUGCUGGAAGCAACAACUACGGCAAUGGCAACGGUGCUGGAAGCAACAACUACGGCAGUGGCAGCAACGGAAAUGGCAACGGAAACAAUGGCUAUGGAAAUGGCAAUGCCAGGCCCAGUGGAAACGGCAACAACUACGGCAACGGAAACAAACCCAGCUCUUCAUAUUAACAAGCUUAAAGAUGUCGUGACUUCUGUAUUGUAUGGUCGUCAUGUUCAACUAUUUUUUUACGAAUCACUAUCAAAUUGAAAUAUACAUUAUGGUAAUU